AUGCAGCAGCAUCGGCACACAGGCUUGGGCCCUGUCUGCUCCAUAGAUGGCAAAACUUUGCAUCUCACAAGGAGCCGGAGCGAUGUGGAGAAGGAUUACAUAAAGCAGUGGAAGAUUACAACGGCUAGGGAUGGCAGCAUCAAGCCUCGCACCUUCUGGUCCACCAUAUUCUUCGUGCCGCUGUGGUUCAAAUAUGAGGUUGUGCCAGAGAUCGUGCGAUAUGCCUGGUUCAUCGUGUGGUCCGCUGCCAAGGCUCUGCACUACAAGUACCACAAGUGGGCCGUGCUGCAAGGUGCAAAGCUAGAUUUGGAGCUGGCCCGGAAGGGCAAUGUGCCCAUGCAGACCUUUUCACGCCGUUUGGUCCUUGAGCGAUUCCACAAGAAAAACGCCGCCGGCAGCUGA